GUACUCGAUGUUCUUGUAUUUUUUCCCUCUUUUGGCAGGCCGUGUUAUUGUGAGCAAACAUUAAAAAUGCAAGACGUGUUGUUUGAAAGGAUGCAAGUCAAGUUGAGGCGUGUCUGCAGCGUGGGCUCAACACUGUGUGCACUUUAAACUUUCCCUCUGCACUCGUGUGUUGCUUUCACAUUUGCAAGCAUCUAUAAUAAGCAGUUUUUACGGCUUUGCUGUCAUGUCGCGCUGACGGGUUUCGUUCAUGAGAAGUGAGCUCUUCUGACUCGGACAUGGAGGCACCUGAAGCAGCACACACGGAGGGCUGUUUCCACAGGACUUUCUCCUCGCUGACUGUGGACGACGUGUAUGAAAUAGCCAAGCUCAUCGGCACCGAGGUGGAGAGGCUGAUCGACGGCUGCGGCAAAGACAGCGUCGUGGGUCUGGUGCCCAAAAUAGUGAAGGUGCUGGAGCUCCUGGAGAACUUCGCGUCGAGGAACCAUGCUCACAAAGUGAAGGAGGAAGAGCUGCUUAAGGCGUUUGAGACCAUACAGCUGCAACAGCAGAAGAAACGAGCGGGGAAGGAGAGCGACGAGGUUCACGAUAAACAUGAAAUACGGGAGCUGCAGCAGAAGGAGCAGCAGUGGAGACAGAGGUGUGAGGAGCUGGAGGCCCAGGUACAGCAGCUCCAGGUGGACAGAGGGGAGCUGCAGAGCAGACUGAAGGGCAGCCAUGCACAGGAAGACCGUGUCCAGCGGCAGGAGCGAGAGGUGAUGCUGAAGCUGAAGGAGGUGGUGGACAAGCAGAGAGAUGAGCUGAGGGCAAAAGGCCAGGAGAUAACCACCAUAACCAAAGAGGCAGAGGCGCUCCAGGAGCAGUUGGAGCGCUUCAUGAAGAUGAAUGCGGAGCUGCGACACAAGCAGAACGUGCUGCAGGCCCAGCUGAAGAGCACCGUGGAGAGGAAGGCCGACAUGGAGGCCGACCUGAAGGAGAAAAACAAAGAGAUAGAAAACCUCCAAACACAGCUGGACAUAACCAACAGCAACAGUCCUCCCAGCUUGAGACAAACAGCUCGCGAGUCCAAGAAAAAGUCCACAGUUGAUCAGAAGGAUCCAGAUCAGCCGUGUUUCACCAAGAAGGAGGUGCGAGACAUCAUUUUUGAGAGGAACGAACUGAAAACCAACCUCUUCCUGGUGCAGGAGGAGCUCAACUACUAUCAGAGGGAGAUCCUGAAUGAAGAGAGGUGUCCAGGUUUCCUGUUAGAAGCCGUCCGCUCUGUCAUUAAAAAAAAGAGAAAGCUCAUUAAGGCAAAGAUGCUCGGCACUGGCGUCAACGACUGCAGCAGCAGUGACGAGGAGGAGAGGAGAUCUCUGUUUGGGCAGACAGAAGUAGACGGCUGUGAAGUAGACGGCUGUGAAGUUGACGGCAGCGACAAACCAGCUGAGUCACGCAUUAGAAACCUCUUUGGCUUCCUGACGCGGUCGGGCAGCGGCCGGAGCCCCACCCACAUGAGCAACUCCCCCUCCACCUGGGAGAUCCUCGAAGACUCAGAGACCACUGAAGAGACGGGACCGUCCGCCUGAGCCUGGUACUGACCACAGAGUUCCUGCUGUGAAACACCCUUCUUCUUCCCUCAGCUUGUUACAGAAAAUGUGGUUCGGGGAAAAAAAAAAUGACGUGGACAUUUGAACGCAGCCCCAGUGUGUAUAACACAAAAGCACUGCGUGAGAAAAAUGAAAGUGAAUGAAAGUGGACAGACUUUCUUUGCUUAACUUUCAAUCAUAACUAGGCCACUUUCAUUUCCCCUUGUGUUAAUUUUCCCAAAGUCCCCUUAUUUCUUACAUAGAAGUGAUAAAUAAGUACAUUUGAUAUACUAGUAAUACAGCAUAUAUGGUACAAUGUACCACAGUACUCAGAGGGAUACUUUUUAACCUAAAAUAGGAUAUAAGGAUACCUCCAUGUAUGAUUCAAGUAUAAAUACAACAAUCUUUUUAUGUAUUGUUCAUCUUGAGGAAAGUGCAAAAAUGGAUUAUUCGCAUAUAUAUUUAUAUAGAUCCUCAAUUUUUAACAAAAACCAAAGACAUUAUGAAAUGUAUUGUUCUGAAACUAAACUCUCCCCUCCAGUUCUAUUGAAACAGUGUGUAUGUUAAGUUCCCCUCUGUUCCACAAGAGGGCGUUGGUUCAUUUUAUUACAAUCAAGAUUUUACCACCAGUAUAUCAAGUGACUUUUACCUCAGUAGGGGACCUUUUAAGCCAUUUGUGAAUUUGUGUAUUCUUUACAAAAAAAUAAGGUUGUCAUAAGACCAGUCUCUUCAGGCAGCGAGUGCAUUUUAAGCCAGUGAACCUUAAUUUACCGCUUGUUGUGUUAUACAAUAUAUUUUCUUAAUUUUCCUUGGCUGAUGUGUGUUUGAUGCUGGUGCCAUAAAUGUGCAUGUGUACAUGUAUAUGUAAGCACAUGUAUUCUGGUUAAUGUACAGUACCAGACUCUGCAGAUCCGUUAUUUUACUCUGUUCCCUCUUAGAGGAACAGUGUUCAGCAUUUUGGGGAAUCUAUUGGCAGCAAUGAAAUAUUAUAUUUAUAAGUAUGUUUUCUUUAGUGUAUAAUCACCUGAAAAUAAGAAUACUUGUGUUUCCCUUACCUUAGAAUGAGCUGUUUAUAUGUACAUGCAAUGUGCAAUGUUUCUACAGUAGCCCAGAAUGGACAAACCAAACACCGACAAUAGAGAGGGACAUUCACAUUUUCACGUCGCCAAUGUAGAUCUCCUACAUGCUUGGCUCACAGGAGAAGUUUCAGUUUGUUGCAAUCAGUAACCUCACCGCUAGUUGCCCCCAAAUAAUACACUCUGCACCAUAAAUGUCUGACCAGAACACUACUCAGACAAUGACAGACCAGUGGUGUAUUUGUUUGGACAAUGUAUGACCAUCAAAUCAGAGCAUGUUUUCGUAAGAUACUGUGUUUCGCAAUUUAUUUUUGUAAGCAUGUUUUUGCUGACAAAACAGAUUUAUGAUGUCAAUUGCCAUAUGAGUGAAAUUUAUUGAUGAAAUGUGAUAAAAACUAUUCAAAAUGUGGAUUUUUCUGCGAUGUUGAGAUUUCAAGAUGCAAUAAAAUCCAUUAAACACAAAAUU